GAGUCCUUUUGGAGGCGCUACACAGCCGGUGACCACUGUUCUCCAUCUCCAUGUCAGAACGGUGCCACCUGCACUAGCCACGCCUCCUCCUACACCUGUAAAUGUGCGCCUGGUUACCAUGGACGCAACUGUGACAAAGUGCGUCUGAUGCACGGUGGCUGUCGUCAUAGAAACGGAGGCUGCGAACAUUUCUGCAGCGAGUUCUCCCACCGCCGCCACGCCUGCACCUGCGCACCAGGGUACCACCUGGACCUGGACAACAGCACCUGCACACCUGAGGACCCGGUCCCCUGUGGUAGACCACUGGUCCACUUCAGCCCCAGAGUCAUCAACGGACACAUCUGUCCAAAAGGACACUGUCCAUGGCAGGCGCUCCUGUCGGAGAACCACCAGUACAUCUGUGGUGCCAUCGUGCUGUCUCCCAGGUGGAUGCUCACUGCUGCUCACUGCGUCUCCUCUAAACCCUCGGCUGUCUUCCACGUCACUGUCGGUGAACACGACCGCAACCAGGACGAGAAGACGGAGCAGAAGAGGCGGGUGGACCGAGUCCUGAUCCACCCCGGGUACAACCAGUCCAGCUCCGACAGCGACCUGGCCCUGCUCCGGCUCUACCACCCGGUCAAACUGGGCCGUUACGUGGUCCCCAUCUGCCUGCCGGCCCGGAACAGCACGGCCACCCGGACCCUGGCCACCGUGCGCCUGUCCACCGUGUCGGGGUGGGGUCGCCUGGCGGUCCACGGCUCCGCCUCCGACCUCCUGCAGCGCCUGGAGAUCCCCAGGGUUCCGCUGCAGGAGUGUCGCCUGCACACCCGCCUCAACAUCACCAGGAACAUGCUCUGCGCCGGUGUCAAGGCCGGAGGGAAGGACUCCUGCGAGGGCGACAGUGGCGGUCCGCUGGUCACCAAGUACCGCAAGACCUGGUUCCUGACGGGCGUGGUCAGCUGGGGCAAAGGCUGCGCCCACGCCAACAUGUACGGCGUCUACACCAAGGUCAGCAACUUCCUGUCCUGGAUCGAACGCACCAUGUCCACCCCGUAAGACCACCAGGACCGGACCACC